AGGGGCCUUCUCGGGCGUCGCGGGUUGUUGGAUGGCCACGGCUGGGCCCACUCGCUCCUCCUCGGGCAGCUGCUGCUUCCAGUGGCCGAAGCAGACGCCUUGUUCGCUCUCGCUCCCACCCCCCGCGGCGGGGUCCGUAAGCUUGUCGUUCAGCCUGCAGCCCGACCCGAGGGGAAUCCGUGGGGAGACUGAGAAGCCAAUCCCGCCUGGAGCUGCAGUGGGAAGGCAGCGAGCGGGACUGACUGCCCGCGGGUCCGCCCCUCUGGAGCUUCCCGGUGCUGAGCCUUCAGGGGGGCCGGCCGGGAUGCCUGCCUGGGCCGCCUCCUCGCCUGCGCUGUUGAUUGCCCAGCCAGCCCCACCCACCGCGGUUCCCCAGGGGUCCCGCCAGCGAGGGUGCCCGCGCCUCCUGGGAGCCUCGGUGCAGGCCAGCUUCAGCUGGGGCCAGCCUGAGAGCUGGUCCAAAGUGGGACCUUCUCCGAGGAGCAUCCUCCUCCGCACAGCGGCCAGCCAGACGUUAACCCUAGCCGGGAGGCCCGCAAGCCAGAGAUGCAGGCCCACUCCUGCUGUUGUUCCCCUCCCCCAGCAAGAGCAUUCAGAGGUAGACUGCCUUUGAGCAUGGAGGUUCCAUUCCACUCUCGGGACCAGCCGCCAUAGAUUGCUGACUGUCUGCUACGGAUAGAGCUGUAUCGUCUGUUUCGGCCUGAAUCCCUUUCAGCAGUAGAUAGUACUUGAGGGAGCCAGCUGGGAAGGUCAGUACCACCUGGGGGCACGAAUGCUCACUAUUAAUUUUGAAGAGCUCUACACCUCUUCAAGAGCGCUGGAAAACAGGCGACCGCACUGGGAGGCUUGCCGCUCUCGGUGUGUUCUCGUGCUCGGAUGGGCCUGACCAAUGUGACAGGCGGGGCCCCAUUUGCAUGCCGUCCUAAACGUUCGGAAAACGCAGAAGUGACUACGAAAUGUCGUCGGUGUGGUCCGAGGAAUCACAGGAAUGUUCUCCACAGUUUGCUCCAGGGGGGAGGACAAGGGUUCAGGGUUCAUGGUUCCCCUGCCGGCCCCUGGCGCUGACCUCUGGGCAAACAUGACUGCGAUCUUGCCCUGGUGGUGAAGGGGUCGCUGCAGCAGGGGUCGCAGCAAGGGGGAGGGACCAGCCCCAGGAAGAUGUGGUUCGGUCUAGGCCAGGCGAAGGUCCCUAUGAUAUAGACAGUAUAAAGCACACUGCGAGGUGGACUCGAUAUUGCCCGACCCGCAGGGACACAGCUGGUUCCGGAGCGGUAUUCGCCUCUAUCUGCCAUUUCGAAUGGCAGAAGGCAGGGCUUUAUUCAACGUGUGUACUGCCUCGCCCAGU